CCGAGAGCGGAUACGAAGGAAGCAAGAAGGGUUGUUUGCUUCGUCUGCUCCACUGACAUCCAUUGGUGGUUGCUGUGUCGCACACCUUCACGCGCAGCACCGACAACCCCUUCCCCCUUUUGCCUUCGGGUUCCUGUGGUGAGAUCACUCACAGAGCGAGUGAGACAAGGCAGAGAAACAGCUACGCUUAGCAGUCAUCGUUGUUGUUUGUGUCAAGCAAGUCAGAGAGAGCACAUUCAGCAUACGGAUCGACGACCAUGAGCACCACGGUGGAGGGUGCAGAAACGGCUGCAGACCAGGCUGUUGUCACCAGCGUGCAGCAGGCCGUGAUUGAAUCUGUUGCUCUUCACACUCCAGCGUCCAUCAACACCGUCAAGCAGGCCGUUGAAGCCGCAAACCCUCAGAUUGCCAGGCUAUGCGUGGACACGCAAGUGUUUGCGCUGACAGUCUCUGCGCGGCCAGUCGGCGAAGAAAGUGAAGAACUUGAGGAGUCUACCUCAUCGGCCUGGGAUGUGUCCGUUCACGCCGGGAUCCACUUUGUGCCGCGAUCAAAGCCGGUCAUCUUCCUCAAGGACAGCCCAACGCUGACGGCUGCCAAGCCCAUUUCGGAGCAGCUCCGCGUCAUUGCGCCGCUCAGUGGCCCGGGCACACAGCCGUUUGCGAGCUUGCACGGGCUCGUGCAACACGUGCUGUCGCCUCUGCUCGCCGGCGUCCUCGAGGCAGAGCAAGCACAGGAACAGUCAGGCGUGCGCGGACUGAAGAAGUCUGUGAAGGACCUUGAGCUGUCGCUGCUUCAGCUGCAGCAAGACGUGCACAUCCCCCGCGUUGUCCUCACGCCCCAUCCGGCGAUUCGCGAGGUGCUCGAGCGCGCUGAACGCGAGAACAGGAAGCCAUCCAUCCAUGACUUUGAGGACAGGCUGGAGGACCCUAAGUUUCUCGAUGCGCUCUCCAAGACGCUCGCCCGCUGGACACGCGAAAUCCAGCAGGUGACGAAGCUUGAGCGGGACCCGUCGACGGGGAGUGCCAUGCAAGAGGUGUCGUUCUGGCGCAACCUGGGCACGGCGCUGCAGGCAAUCAAGAAGCAGCGCGAAAGCCCCGCCGUCACACUCACCAUCGGCAUCCUCCAGCACGGCCGCAGAUUCCACGCUACAAUGAGCUUUGACCAGGACAGCGGGCUGGAUGCGAAGAUCAAGCUUGUCAACGACUACAACGAACUCAUGCAUGGUUUUCCCGCCAAAGACUUGCUGGCGGCGUCCGAUACGGAGCAGCUGCGCCAGGCCCUUGUCACCAUCUUCUCCCAUCUCAAGCGCAUCCGCAAGACAAAAUAUCCUGUGAAACGCUGUCAGAAUUUGAUCCUGGCCAUCUCCCGUGACAUGGCCGCACAGCUCACAGCCAUCCUCUCAAACCUCGAGCUCAUGCACAUGAGCUAUGCCGACUUUGACCGCACGAUCCACGGCUGCUCGCGCCUCUUCAAGACGUGGGAGGAGGAGGUUGAGCGCUUCCGCACACAGCUGCGCAUGCAACUGCGCCAGAACCCGGACCCGAACAUGCGCACCCUCAAGAUCCUGCACCCCGAGCACCGGCCCCUGCAGGAGCGCAUCGAGGAGCUCCGCAAGUUCCGUGCGUCCCACGAGCAGCUGCGCAAUGUGAUUGAGCGCGUGUUGCGGGCGCCUGCGCCUGGCGAGGCCGUCACAGGUUCCCUGGAUGCCCAGGACGUGCAGGCUGUGAAGGACGUCGAUUCCGCCUACAACAUGAUGAAAGACAUUGACGCGCUCGACCUGUCGGACCAGGGCGCCAGGCUCUGGAGCACACGCCUCCAAGCGUACCACGACCGGAUUGCGCUGGUUGAGGCGCGGGUGUCAUCGAAGCUACGCGACCAGCUUGGUGCUGCGCGCUCAGCCAAUGACAUGUUCCGCAUCCUCUCCCGCUACGAGACGCUCGUCAACCGCAAGAACAUCAAGAGCGAGAUCAAGAGCCACAGCGGGCAGCUGCUCUCCCGCGUGCUGACAGACAUUGACAAGCUGCACCACAAGUUUGCGGUGGAGUUUGAGGCGACCACCAACGCCCGCCUGAGCAAGGCCCGCGACGUGCCGCCCGUCUCCGCCAAGAUUGUGUGGAUCAAGCAGUUUGAGCACAAGCUCGACCUGUACCUCUCGCGCGUGGACAACGUGCUUGGCAUUGGCUGGGACAAGCUGCCGGAGGGCAAGAAGCUCCGGCGGUCCGCAGAGGAGCUGCGCGCCAAGCUCGACCACGAUGCCGUGUUCAACCACUGGCAGGAGCAGGCAGCCAAGCUCGAGCACUCGUCCUCCACCACCAAGGCCCUUGGCGUUGUGCAGAACAAGGCAGGGAAGCUGGAGCUGGUGGUGGACGUGCCACGCGUCGCCAUCGAGGCCAACAACGAGAGCCGCAACCUGAAGUUCCUGGGCCAUCGCCCGCGCGUCGGGCUUGCGCGCAAGUUCAUGUUCGCGCGCACGUCGUACUCGUUCUGCAUGUCGCUGGACGGCAGCGUGCGCACGUACAAGCACACGCUGGCCAAGCUUGCUGACGCGCCCAAGCUCAAGCCGCUGGUGGCCAAGUACCACGACCGCAUCCACCGGCUGCUGCACGACCACAUUGACCUGACGUGGGGCGACCACCGCGUCGAGCGCUUUGUGGGCGAUCUGGCCGAGAACACGCACAUCUUCCAGGAGAAGGUGGACAGCGUCAUCGCCGCAGACAGGCACAUCCAGAAACAGGUGGCCGAGCUCGACACGUGCGCGCUGAGCAAGGUGACGCUGUCGCAGGUACUGGACGCGGUGCAGGCCGUGGUGGAUGACCUUGACCGCCAGGCGUUCAGCCACUUGUCGACGUGGGUGCGUGACGUCGACGACCGCAUCAGCGACAAGCUGGAGGACCGCCUGCGCGAGGCCAUGGCCCGCUGGACCAAGGCGCUCAACGAGUACGACCUGGUGCUGCCGCCCGGCGCCGCCAUGGACGUGAUCCACGAGCACCGCCGCAUCAUCAAGCGCAUCCCGCUGGAGAUUCUCAUCCACAACCAGAUGCUGGUGGUGCACCCGCCCCCGGAGGCCGCCCGCGAGGCGCUGUUGCAGCAGCUGCAGCAGUACCUGGUGGUCAUCACCAGCCUGCCGCGCAUCCGCACGUCCAACCACGAGCUGCAGCCGACGCACACGGCGCGCUCGUCAAGCUCCUACUGCGGGCUGCUUGCACGCAUGGCUGACGGCAACCAGCACCUGCUCAGCGCGUACUCUGCGAUUGAGGCGCGCGUGGCCGCCAUUGAGGAGUACGUGCAGGUGUGGAUCCAGUACCAGGCGCUGUGGGACAUGCAGACGGACAGCAUCGUGGCCGCGCUCGGCGACGACCUGAACAUGUGGAACCAGCUGCUGGUGGACAUCAAGAAGGCGCGGCGCACGUUUGACACGGCCGAGACGUCCAAGGCGUUUGGCCCCGUGGAGGUCAACUACGGGCAGGUGCAGGCGCGCGUGAUUAUGAAGUACGAUGCCCUGCACCGUGACAUGCUCAACAAGUUUGGCAGCAAGAUGGCCAACAAGAUGCGCCGCUUCUUCGAGAGCGUGGGCGAGUCGCGCCAGGCGCUGGAGAAGGUGACGCUGGAGGGCGUGAGCACGGCGGACGCCGUGGCGUGCAUCAAGACGCUGGGCGAGAUGAAGCGCCGCCGCAAGCUGUGGAUGCACGAUCUGGAGCAGUUUACGGCCGGACAGAAGAUUCUGGAGCGCCAGCGGUACCAGUUCCCGCGCGACUGGCUGUACCUGGACAACGUCGAGGGCGAGUGGGAGGCGUUCAACGAGAUCCUGAACAAGAAGGAUGGCGUGGUGCAGGGCCAGCUUGUGCCGCUGCAGAUGAAGGUGGUGAGCGAGGACCGCGCCAUGGAGACGCGCGUGGCGUCGCUGCUUGAUGACUGGGCGAAGAACAAGCCCGUGGGCGGCACCGUUCGCCCGGACGCCGCCGUCAACACGCUUGCCAUCUACGAGGCGCGCUUUGACAAGCUCAAGGCCGAGUUUGACUCGCUCACGGAGGCGAAGGUUGCGCUCGACCUGCCCGUCGCCCGCGACGACCGCCUGGCGCAGAGCCUGCACGAGCUGCACGAGCUGCAGAGCAGCUGGUCCGAGCUGUCGCAGAUCUGGGAGCGCAUCAACGACCUGAAGCAGAUUCCGUGGUCGGCGGUGGUGCCGCGCAAGCUCCGCGGAGCCCUGGAGGACCUGGUGAAGGACCUGAAGAACCUGCCCAUGGGCGUGCGGGAGUACGAGUCGUACGAGUACACCAUGUCGCAGGUGAAGAGCUACGUCAAGGCGAACAAGCACAUUGUGGACCUCAAGUCCGAUGCGCUCAAGGACCGCCACUGGCGCAAGCUCAUCCAGCUGCUUGGCGUGGACUGGGUUGUCACGGACAUGGUGCUCGGCAAUGUAUGGGAGGUGGAUCUGGACCGCCAUGCAAAGGCCGUACAAGAGGUCAUGGGCCAGGCACAGGGUGAGAUGGGACUUGAAGAGUAUCUGCGGCAGGUGAAGGAGCUGUGGGCGGGCUUUGAGCUUGACCUCGUCGACUACCAGCACAAGACGUAUCUGAUUCGCGGGUGGGACGACCUGUUCAACCAGCUCAAGGAGCACAUCACGUCCAUGGAGGCCAUGCGCAUGUCGCCCUACUUUGCUGCGUUUGAGGAGGAGGCGACCACGUGGUACGACAAGCUCAACAAGAUGUUCACCAUCUACGACGUGUGGAUGGACGUGCAGCGCCAGUGGGUGUACCUCGAGGGCAUCUUCACCGGCAGCGCUGACAUCAAGCACCUCCUCCCCAACGAAACCUCUCGCUUCCAAACCAUCAGUGCGGAGUUUCUUGGGCUGAUGAAGCGCGUGCAGCAGACGCGCAUGGCAAUUGACGUGCUUAACAUCCCCGAUGGCCAGAAGUCGCUUGAGCGCCUGGCAGACCUGCUUGGCAAGAUCCAGAAGGCGCUGGGCGAGUAUCUGGAGCGGGAGCGGCAGGCGUUCCCGCGCUUCUACUUUGUUGGCGACGAGGACCUGCUGGAGAUUAUCGGCAACUCGAAGAACAUUGACCGCAUGCAGAAGCACUUUAUCAAGAUGUUUGCGGGCGUGCAGACCAUCACCCUCAACGACGACCAGAGCUUGGUCACGGGCAUCAGCUCCAAGGAGGGCGAGUUCGUGCCCUUUGUGCAGCCCGUGACGUGCAAGGACGUCAAGAUCAACGUGUGGCUGACGCAGGUGCAGGAGCAGAUGCGCGUGUCGCUGGCCACCAGCCUGAACAAGGCCGUCACAGACCUGCGCGCCAUGAGCGAGGACAAGUUCGACUUUGCCGCGUACAAGGCGUGGCUGGACACGUACCAGGCGCAGCUGGUUGUGCUCGCGGCGCAAAUCAACUGGAGCGAGCGCGUGGAGGCUGCGCUGGAGCAGGGCGGCGGUGCACAGCACCUGCAGCCGGUCAUCGACCACGUCAACGAGGUGCUGUCUGCGCUCGCCGACACGGUCCUGCAGUACCAGCCUCCGAUUCUGCGCAAGAAGCUGGAGCACACCAUCACGGAGCUCGUGCACCAGCGCGACGUGACGCGUGAGCUCGUGGCCACGGGCGCAACCAGCCCGCAGGACUUUGAGUGGCUCAAGUACAUGCGCUUCUACUUCAACCCGCGCGAAGAGAACGUGCUGCAGCAGCUCACCAUCUGCAUGGCCAACACGCGCACCUUCUACGGGUUUGAGUACCUGGGGCUCGUGGACAAGCUUGUGCAGACGCCGCUCACGGACCGCUGCUUCCUCACCAUGAUGCAGGCGCUGGACAUGAAGCAGGGCGGCAGCCCCUUUGGCCCCGCAGGCACGGGCAAGACGGAGUCUGUCAAGGCGCUCGGCGCGCAGCUGGGCCGCUUCGUGCUGGUGUUCAACUGCGAUGAGACGUUUGACUUCCACGCCAUGGGCCGCAUCUUCGUCGGUCUGUGCCAGGUGGGCGCGUGGGGCUGCUUUGACGAGUUCAACCGCCUGGAGGAGCGCAUGCUCUCUGCGGUGUCGCAGCAGAUCCAGACCAUCCAGCUCACCCUCAAGGACGCCGCUCCAGGCACCACACCAACCACGGACCUGCUGGGCCGCACGGUGACAGUGAGCCCGAGCAUGGCCAUCUUCAUCACCAUGAACCCGGGCUACGCGGGCCGCUCCAACCUCCCGGACAACCUCAAGAAGCUCUUCCGCCCACUGGCCAUGACCAAGCCGGACAGGCAGCUGAUUGCCCAGGUCAUGCUCUUCUCGCAGGGGUUCCGCACCGCGGAGCAGCUCUCGCGCAAGAUUGUGCCGCUGUUCAUCCUGUGCCAGGAGCAGCUCUCCGCGCAGUCGCACUACGACUUUGGCCUGCGCUCCCUCAAGGCCGUGCUCGUCAGCGCGGGCAACAUCAAGCGGCAGCACCUGGAGGACCUGCGGGCGAAGAUGCAGCAGCAGGAGGGCGGCGGCGACGAGCAGCAGGAGCGCGACCUGGCCGCGGCCAUCGACGAGCAGGAGGUGCUGAUCCAGAGCGUGACCCAGACCAUGGUGCCCAAGCUUGUGGCGGACGACCUGCCUUUGCUGGACAGCCUGCUGAGCGACGUGUUCCCCGGGGUGCAGCCGCCGGCGCUGCCGCUCGCUGACCUGAAGAAGGCCAUCGAGGAGGUGUGCGCAGACUGGCACUACGUGCUGAGCGACAUGUUCAUGAUGAAGAUCCUUCAAGUGUACCAGGUGUCGUGCCUGCAGCACGGGCUCAUGCUGGUUGGCCCCUCUGGCAGCGGCAAGUCUGCGGCGUGGAAGGUUCUGAAGGAGGCCCUGCAGCGCAUGGAGAAGGCGGAGGUGUUCACGCACGUGAUUGACCCCAAGGCAAUCACCAAGGACGAGCUGUAUGGCACGCUGGACCCGACCACGCGCGAGUGGACGGAUGGCAUCUUCACCCACGUCGUGCGCAAGAUCUACGACAACCAGCGCAACGAGCAGGACCAUCGCCAGUGGAUUGUGCUUGACGGCGACGUGGACCCAGAGUGGGUGGAGAACUUGAACAGCGUGCUGGACGACAACAAGCUGCUGACGCUGCCCAACGGCGAGCGGCUCAGCCUGCCACCGUGCCUGCGCAUCAUGUUUGAGGUGAAGGACCUGAAGCACGCCACGCUUGCCACCGUCUCGCGGUGCGGUAUGGUGUGGUUCAGCGAGGACGUUGUGACGAUUGACAUGUACUUUGAGCGCUACCUCGGGCGCCUCGCCACAACGCCGUUCCCCGCAGAGGCCGCAGACGCCCUCAAGCCAAACGACAUGCUGGAGAUCCAGCAGGGCGUUGCGGAGGUGCUGUCGCCCUAUUUGAGCGAUGGUGGACUGGCCAUGACGGCGAUUGACUACGCACGGGACCUGUUCCACAUUAUGGAGUUUUCCAACAUGCGCAGCGUCAACUCGUUCCUGUCCAUGCUCAACUUCAUCCCGCGCGCCAUUGCCGGUUACAAUGCAUCGCACCCCGACUUCCCCAUGACACCCGAGCAGGUGCGCGCGUACACGGAGAAGCGGCUCGUGUUUGCACUGCUGUGGGCGCUGGUUGGCGACAGCAAGGGCACGGUGCGCUCUGAGUUUAGCGAGUGGGUGCGCGAGCAAGUGGCUGGCGGCAUGGACCUGCCCCAGGGCGACAUCAUGGACUUCGAGGUGCAGCUGCCCGUGGGCACAUGGCAGCCGUGGAAGGACAAGGUACCGCGCAUUGAGAUUGACAACAAGAAAAUCUCCGGCACGGACGUGGUCGUGCCCACCCUGGACACGGUGCGCCACGAGGACGUGCUGUACACGUGGCUCAAGGAGCACCUGCCGAUUGUGUUGUGCGGCCCGCCGGGCUCCGGCAAGACCAUGACGCUGUUCAGCGCGCUGCGCGCGCUGCCGCACUUUGAGGUGGCCGGUCUCAACUUCAGCAGCAGCACGACGCCCGAGCUGAUUAUGAAGACGUUUGAGCAGUACUGCGAGUACCGCAACACACCCAACGGGAUUGUGCUUGCGCCCGCGCAGCUCAACAAGUGGCUGGUCAUCUUCAUGGACGAGUGCAACCUGCCCGCGCCAGACACGUACGAGACGGUGCGCGUGGUGACGUUUAUCCGGCAGAUGGUGGAGCAGGGCGGCUUCUGGCGCACGGAGGACUUCAAGUGGGUGCGCCUCGACCGCAUCCAGUUUGUUGGCGCGUGCAACCCGCCGACGGACCCUGGCCGCGUGCCGCUUGACCAGCGCCUGCUGUGCCACGUGCCCGUGGUGUACGUGGACUACCCCGGCGCGGAGUCCCUGCGCCAGAUUUACGGCACGUUCAACCGCGCCAUGCUGGGCCUGCAGCCGAGCCUGAAGACGCACGCGGACGCGCUGACGGACGCCAUGGUGGACUUUUUCACGCAGACGUCGCAGCGGUUCACGGCCGACAUGCAGCCGCACUACAUCUACUCCCCGCGUGAGAUGACGCGCUGGGUGAAGGGCAUUGCGGAGGCGAUUGAGCCCCUGCCCUCGCUGGACCUGGACGGGCUGGUGCGGCUGUGGGCGCACGAGGCGCUGCGGCUGUUCCAGGACCGCCUGGUCGGCGACGACGAGCGGCAGUGGACGGAGGAGCAGAUUGACGCCGUUGCGCGCAAGCACUUUGCCGGGCUGAACCACGUGCAGGCGCUGCAGCGGCCCAUCCUGUACAGCAACUGGCUCUCGCGCGACUACGUGCCCGUGGAGCAGGAGGAGCUGCGGGACUUUGUGCAGGCGCGCCUGAAGGUUUUUUACGAGGAAGAGCUUGACGCGCAGCUGGUGCUGUUUGACGAGGUGCUGGACCACGUGCUGCGCAUCGACCGCGUGUUCCGCCAGAACCAGGGCCACAUGCUGCUCAUUGGCAUGCCGGGCGCGGGCAAGACGACGCUUGCGCGGUUUGUGGCGUGGAUGAACGGCCUGAGCGUGUUCCAGGUGAAGGUGCACAAGAACUACGACGCGGAGGCGUUUGACGAGGACCUGCGGCACGUGCUGCGGCGCGCGGGCACGCUCGGCGAGAAGAUUGUGUUUAUCAUGGACGAGGGCAACGUGAUGGACACGGCGUUCCUGGAGCGCAUGAACACGCUGCUGGCCAACGGCGAGGUGCCGGGCCUGUUUGAAGGGGACGAGUACACGACGCUGAUGAACCAGUGCAAGGAGGGCGCGCAGCGGGACGGCCUGGUGCUGGAGGGCAACGACGAGCUCUACCGCUGGUUCUCGCUGCAGGUCAUGAACAACCUGCACGUGGUCUUCACCAUGAACCCGAGCGAGGGCGGGCUGCAGGAGCGCGCGUCCACCUCCCCCGCCCUCUUCAACCGCUGCGUGCUCAACUGGUUUGGCGACUGGUCCGACCACGCCGUGUACCAGGUUGGCUACGAGCUCACGGCGCAGGUGGACCUGGAGCGGCCGGGGUACCUUGCCCCGCCAACCCUGCCCGCGGUUGCGUACGACUGCCUGCCGUCGCCCAUCGACCACCGCGCAGCCGUGAUCAACGCGUGCGUGUACGUGCACAAGUCGACGCGGCAGGCGGCGAGGCGGCUGCUGAAGCGGGAGGGCCGCAGCACGGUGAUCACGCCGCGCCACUUUCUCGAGUUUGUGCAGCAGAUUGUGCACGUGUACAACGAGAAGCGCAGCAACCUUGAGGAGCAGCAGCUGCACCUGAACGUGGGGCUGGACAAGAUUGAGCAGACGUUCAAGGCGGUGGAGCAGGAGCAGGCGAAGAUGGCCGAGGAAGAGGUCAAGCUGCGCGAGAUGAACGCGCGCGCCAACGACAAGAUGAAGGAGGUGAUGGUGAACCGGGAGAAGACGCAGGCCAAGCAGGACGAGUCUGCCAAGCUGGAGGCGGAGCUGGUACAGAAGCAGAAGCAGGUGCGGGAGAACAAGGCCGGCGUGGAGGCUGAGCUGGCCGAGGUGGAGCCCGCGGUGAGGGAGGCCAAGACGGCCGUGCAGGGCAUUGAGAAGCGGCACCUGACGGAGCUCAAGGCGCUGGGCAACCCGCCGCAGGCCGUGAAGCUUGCGCUGGAGUCUGUGCUGUGCAUGUUGGGGGAGGCCAACGCGGACUGGAAGUUUAUCCGCAGCUACAUCACGCGCGACGACUUUAUCAGCUCCAUCAUCAACUUCAACCCGGACAGCGUGACGCCCAGGAUCCGCGACACGAUGGAGAAGCGGUACCUGUCCAACCCAGACUACGACGUGGACAAGGCGUUUCGCGCGUCGCAGGCCGCGGGCCCGCUGGUCAAGUGGGCGCGGGCGAUGGUUGGCUAUGCGACGAUGCUGCUGAAGAUUGAGCCCCUGCGCAACGAGCUGCGCAGCCUGACGCAAGAGGCGGAGGCGAUGGCGCAGCAGCACGAGGAGGUGCAGGUCCUGCUCAAGGAGCUUGAGGGCACGCUGGAGGCGCUCACGCUGGAGUACAACGAGCUGCAGAAGGACAUUGGGCGCACGGAGGAGCAGCUGCGCAUCACCAAGUCCAAGGUAGAGCGCAGCAUGAAGCUGCUGGAGAGCCUGAACGACGAGCGCGAGCGGUGGUCCAAGGGCAGCGAGGAGUUUACGCAGCAGAUGGCCACCAUUGCCGGCGACUCGCUGCUGGCCGGCGCGUUCCUGGCGUACGCGGGCUACUUUGACCAGACGUACCGCGCGUCGCUGUUCAAGCUGUGGCGGCGGUGCCUGGAGAACUCCGCCGUCAACUACAAGCGGGACCUGGCCAUUCCAGAGUACCUGUCCACGCCCGACGAGCGGCUGGCGUGGCGCAGCAACGGCCUGCCGGACGACGAGCUGUGCACGGAGAACGCCAUCAUGCUCAAGCGCUCUGUGCGGUACCCACUUGUGAUUGACCCGGCGGGCCAGGCGGUGGCGUUUAUCCUGCAGCAAUACGCGGACGUGAAGAUCCAGCGGACGAGCUUCCUGGACAAGUCGUUCAAGAAGACGCUGGAGAGUGCGCUGCGGUUUGGCACGCCGCUGCUGGUGCAGGACGCGGAGGGCUACGACCCGCUGCUCAACCCCGUGCUCAACCACGAGGUGCGCAAGACGGGCGGGCGCGUGCUGGUGUCGCUCGGGCAGGACGACGGCAUUGACCUGUCGCCGGCGUUCCACAUCAUCCUGACCACGCGCAACUCCACGCACCAGUUCCCCGCAGACCUGUGCAGCCGCGUGACCAUGGUCAACUUCACCGUGACGCGCGGGUCGCUGCAGUCGCAGUGCCUGAACCAGAUGCUGCGGUCCGAGCGGCCGGACGUGGACGCCAAGCGCUCGGAGCAGCUCAAGCUGCAGGGGGCGUUUAGGGCGCAGCUGCGGCGCCUGGAGCGGGACCUGCUCAGCACGCUCAACGAGGUGGGCGGGUCGAUUCUGGACGACGACAAGGUGCUGACGGCGCUGGAGACGCUGAAGCAGCAAGCGGCGGAGGUGGCGCAGAAGGUGCGGGAGAGCGACUCGGUCAUGGCAGAGAUCUCUGCGGUGACGGCGGAGUACCAGCCGCUGGCGCACAAGUGCAGCAACAUCUACUUCACGCUGGAGCAGCUGCACGUGGUGCACUUUUUGUACCGCUACUCGCUGCAGUUUUUCCUCAACAUCUUCCAUGUGGUGCUGAACGAGAACGUGCACCUGACGGGGCUGGACAACCCCGGGGAGCGGCUGCGCAUCAUCACAAAGGACCUGUUCCUCGCCGUGUACACGCGCGUGGCGCCGGGCCUGCUGCACGAGCACCGCAUGUCGUUUGCCGUGACGCUGCUGCGCUUCUACCUGCAGGGCACGCGCGACGAGCUGCCGGAGGACGAGUUUUCGCACCUCUUCUCCAGCGCGGGGGCGCAGGUGGCCGGCGUCACCACCGCCUUUGACUUUUUGCUGUCGGAGACGAUUCGCACGCCGCAGGCGCUGGCCGCGGAGCACCUGAGCAAGUCGCUGCCCAACGCGUUUGCGUCGCUGCUGCAGGACAUCCGCAACAACGAGGCCGCGUUUGUGGAGUGGAUCAACUCGCCCUACCCGGAGCUGGACCGCCCCGAGUACAUGUCGUACACGGAGGGCGUGAGCGACACGGUGCAGGCGUUCCGCCACCUGCUGCUGCUGCGGGCGCUGCGGCCUGACCGCGUGCUGGCCAUGUGCCACGAGCUUGUGGUGGGCGUGUUUGGUGGCUCCUUUGCCAGCAGCGCGGCGGAGGCGGCUGAGCUGCUUGUGAACAGCGUGCUCAAGGAGGUUGACUGCCGCACGCCCCUGCUGCUGUGCGGUGUGCGCGGGUUUGAUGCCUCGUCGAAGGUGCGGGACCUCGCCCUCACGCAGGGCCGCGUCCUGUCCGAGGUGGCCAUCGGCUCUGAGGAGGGCUUCAAGGACGCUGAUCGGCAGAUGUCUGCUGCGGCAAAGGCGGGCAACUGGGUGAUGCUGAAGAACGUGCAUCUGGGGCCAUCCUGGCUCACGACGCUGGAGAAGAAGCUGCUUGGCCUCAACCCACACUCCAACUUCCGCCUGUUCCUCACCACCGAGAUCAACCCCAAGCUUCCGCCCAACCUGCUCAGCGCAGCGCAGGUGUUUGUGUACGAGCCCGCGUCUGGCAUCAAGGCCAGCCUGGUGCGUGCAUUGCAUUCUGUGCCCGAGCAGACGAUGGCACGAGAGCCUGCGGAGCGUGGGCGCGUGCACCUUCUGUUGUGCUGGCUGCAUGCGGUGGUGGUUGAGCGCCUUCGCUAUGCGCCGCUUGGCUGGUCGAAGCGCUACGAGUUUGGUGAGGCAGACUUCAAGACAGCGACAGACACCGUCGACACGUGGAUUGACCUCACCGCACAGGGCAGGUCGCACAUUGAUCCAGCGAAGAUUCCGUGGGAGGCCCUGCAGGAGUUGGUGACGUCGAGCAUUUACGGCGGGCGCAUCGACAACGACACAGACAUGCGCCUCCUCCGUGCUUUUGUCGAACGCUUCUUCACCGCAGAGAGCUUUGAGGAAGGGUUCCCGCUGGUUGACGCGGAUCCCGUGACAAAGACGGCGGUGAUCACGGCGCCAGAGGGCACACGCCGGGACCAGUUCCUGCAGUGGGCUGAUUCCCUGCCCAACAGCCAGUCGCCAGCGUGGCUCGGCCUCCCUGCCAACGCAGAAAACGUCCUCCUCACCAACCGCGCAGAGACCAUGAUCAACAACAUGCACAAGCUGCAGACAACCGACGAGGAAGAUGACUUUGGCGAGGAGAGUACGGAGGUGACCCCGUCGUCUGCAGUGCCCAUGUGGAUGCGGCACCUCAAGACGAGCUGCCAGGAGUGGUUGGCCGUGCUGCCGGAUGACCUUGACACCCUGCAUCGCUCCCCGGAGAAGAUCCGUGACCCCCUCUUCCGCUUCUUCGACCGCGAGAUUGGCAUUGGCUCCAAGCUCCUCAAAACGGUCCGGCGCGACUUGGGCGACGUGGUGCUGGCGUGUGACGGCGAGAUCAAGCAGACCAACUACCUGCGCUCGCUCAUGGUGGACCACCUGACAAAGGGGCAGGUGUUUAAGGAGUGGCUGCGGUACAAGGUGCCCAAGGACAGCAGCGUGUCGACGUGGAUCACCGACUUUUCCGAGCGCGUGCGCCAGCUGCAGGCUGUUGUGCGCCACUGCAACGCGGGCCAGGACCUGCGCGCCCUCAACGUGUGGAUUGGCGGCCUGUUUGUGCCCGAGGCGUUUAUCACGGCGACGCGGCAGGCUGUGGCGCAGGCGCACUCGUGGCCGCUGGAGACGCUCGAGCUUGUGCUGGACAUGCGGCCGGAGCAGGCGGCCGACAGCGUGCCCGGGGUUGUGGACGCGCAGAGCUUCAAGCUGGUCAACAUGCGCAUGGAUGGCGCGACGGGCAAGGGCAGCGCGCUCGCGCUCUCGCAGACAACGUUCACGGUGAUUCCGCUCACCAUCCUCAAGUGGGUGAACACGGUGCAGGAGGCGCUGCCGGCGGAGGAAGGCAGCGGCGGCAUUCGCGUGCCCGUGUACCUCAAUGCCACGCGCGCCGAGCUCAUCUUCACCUGCACGCUGCGGGCAGAGGGCCUGUCGGAGAGCACCGUGUACGGUCGCGGUGUCGCCCUCGCCUGCUCCUCCCUCAGCGGCGUCGUUUGAGUGCAGUGUGUUGUGUUGCUGUGUUGUUGUUGUUGUUGUUGUUGUUGUUGUUGUUGUUGUUGUUGUUGUGUGUGUGUGUGGGUGUGCCUGUGUGGGUGUGCCUGUGUGUGUUUGUGUGUGUGGGUGUGUGUGUGUGUGUUCGUGUGUGUGUGUGUUGAAGUGACAGAUGGCCUUGUACUGAAUCGUUUGUUAGCUGAUCGAGAGUCCCACAAGGUGUGUUUUUUUUUGUUGCACAGUGCUUCUUUCUCUUUCCAUCGUCUGUGUGUUUGCUGGGUGUGUGGUGGCGUUGCAUUAAAAGCGAGCAAACAAG